GGGUUUGGGAUCUCCUCCUCCUGCUUUGAUUCCGUGGCCAUUAGCUUUCCACCUCCUUCUUACCCCUCUCCUCGGUUAUCCCCUCGCCCCCAUGUAUAUAUAUAUAUAUAUACAUAUACAUGUACUUACGUUGAGGACAUACAGCAUCGGCGUUGGAGAAGAAGAUCCAGAGCAGCCGCAGAGAUGGCAGACUGGGGGCCGGUGUUCAUGGCGGUGAUACUGUUCAUCCUUCUCUCCCCGGGCCUCUUGUUCCAGGUCCCCGGCAGGAGCCGCUUCAUCGAGUUCGGCAACUUCCAGACCAGCGGCAUCUCCAUACUCGUCCACUCCAUCAUCUACUUCGGCCUCCUCGCCAUCUUCCUCCUCGCCGUCCACGUCCACAUGUACAUCGGCUACUAGCUAGUCUAAUUCCCCUUGA